AUGGCUGAUCGUGUUUUGCAGACUGACGCGCUAGAAGCUCCAUUGUACUUCCUCGAGCGCAACGAGAUUUGGGACUCGACGAAACCGUACACUUUUCAGUAUUACACAAAAGAAAAGUUUCCACGCACUAAUGUCCUGCAAUCACCUUCUCUCACGCGGAUCAAUGAUAUGCGAUCCCACUGCACUCCCGCAACACUAGAGGCCGAAGGUUUCACAUUCUCCCGCUUCUCGUCGAAGAUGCAACACUCGGACUUCCAGGACGAGGAAAAAGUAGCAUCGGUCUACUGUCGGGAGCUCGAGAGUCACUUUCUGGACCUACUGGGAGCGAAGCAUGUCCGAGCGCUGGAUUACCAAGUCCGCCGGCGAUUGCCAGAAUACCCAUAUUUCGGCGGCAAAAUACCCCCAAGCCCACAGCCAAGUCUUCUGACACACGCGGAUGCAACGCUUCAAUCUGCCGAACAAAUUGUGCGCGAACUGUACGGCAAAGAUGCGGAACAGGUUCUCCAGUCAAGGUUUCAGAUCAUUACAGUGUGGAAGCCGUGCCGAGGACCUGUCAAGGAUUGGCCUCUCGCCGUGUGUGAUGCCACGAGCGUUGAGCGGUCCGACCUCUUGCCUGCCGAUGUCAUUUAUCCCAACUACCUCGCCGAGAACUGCAUGAUCCACUUCAAUCCAAACCAGAGAUGGUAUUGGCUUCCCGAGCAAGAGUCUGAUGAAAUUCUCAUUUUCAAAGCCAUUGAUUCAAGCAAUCCAACUUCUUCUUAUCCCGUGCUAGGUCCGAAGUAG